GGAACCUGACCGCCCGCUUGCCAAUCAGACAACGACCUCAUCCACUCACUGGCAUCUCGACCUCUGACUUCAGCACAUCAACAAGAGGCGCAACCAGGCUGCCUGAUCACAAUACUUACGUACUUACUGAUCUUGACAACUGCUUCUGUAUCAGCUGUACCGGUCGACCGUUCAGGCCCGUCUCUAUCCGUAGUGCCUCACCCACCACUGGCCCCAUUGGAGCGGGGCAGCACACCCUCUGCCUCCUUUCAACCUCAUCGCUCACACAGUUCACGCACCUGGCGCACAUCUCACAAUGGUCGUCCUCGCGCUCAUAAUAAUAAACAAGGCCGGCGGUCUGAUAUACAACAAGAUCUUUGCCGAGGGCCUCAACCAGCUAAGCACAAACGACUACCUCGUGCUGGCCGGCACGUUCCACGGCGUGCACGCCAUCACAGCCCGCCUCAAUCCCAUCAAGACCCGCUCAACAACAUCACAGCAGUUCCCCUCCGGCACGGGGACACCAAACCCGCCACCACAAGGGAUAGCACCACCUCCAGGAGGAGGAGGGGGCACAUCACUCCCACACAACGCCGCUACUAACCCAUCCUCAACAACAUCAACAUCAACAAACAACCCAGCAGCAGCGGCAGCGCUCUCCGGAGCAGGCGGAGGAGCAAGCGGCGGCGGCGCGCUGGCAGACGGGAACCUGCUCACGCGUCCGGAACCCCCCUCGGGCCUGGAGGUCAUGGAGACGGAGAACUUCCGGCUGCAGUGCUUCGCGACGCAGACGGGCCUCAAGUUCCUCCUCUUCACCGACUCGGUCCAGUCCAGCGGCGGGCCCGCGGGCGCCGACGCCGCCAUGCGCAGGAUCUACGAGUACUACGCCGACUAUGUCAUGAAGAACCCGUUCUACCAGCUCGAGAUGCCCGUCCGGUGCGAGAUGUUUGACAGGAGGCUCAACUCGUACAUCCGGGAGAUCAACAGCUCGUCACGGUAGACUAAACAGGGGAGUGGCGAGUAGGGAGGUUGGUGUUGUGAGCAUUACGCCUGUAGCGGCAGUUUUCCUCGGAGAGGAGAGCAUGGGUCAGAUGUACAGUCUUGGCUUCUGACAGGGUCUGGCGUCUGCAUCGUGCUGGCGGGUGUUCUCAGUAGAUAGAACGCAGAGACCGUCUACAUCGGGAGCCAGCUUGCAAUCGGGUCACAAGAUACCAAAUACGAUAUCCAUUUCAAAAAAAAAA